UUAUUUUUAAUCACAUGCGGUGACGCGGGUCCUCAUUAGUUUACUUUUUUCCAUAAAGUUCUAUAAUGUCUUGUCUAUCUGUCAACUGCGCCAGCCCGUCUAUGACGUAAUUCAAUGCAUAUAAAGUGGUUUACAGAUGAUUUUGUUGCUUUGAUUCAUACUUUUUUUAUAGUCAUUUUUCAUCUCAAAUAAUUAGAAGUAAAGCAUUCGCAGUUGCGACGAGACGCUAGUGCAAAAUGCAGUCCAAUGGAGGAUAAACAAUUGUUUUUAGUGCAUUUUUGAAAAAUCGUAAUAUUUAAACAGUGAAUCAUAACCCCCAAAUCUCAGUCGUUAGAAAAGUUGUUGGAAUUAUCAGUAUUUGAUUACAUCAGAAAAGAGCCGUCCAGCGAGUGUAGUGACAUAUGCCGUUGAUAAUAAUGAAUAAUGAAAAAUACGAUUUUCCAUUAAGUUACUAUAAGUAACAAGUGGGUGGAGCAUUGAUUAGCAAUAGGAGAUACAAGUUAUCGUGAAUCUUGUUGAAUUGGAUUACUCAGUGCAUUGUUUCCAUGGCUCGCAGUUUAUCAGGUUGUGGAGAUUGUGCUCGUUCUGAUUAAGUUUAACCUUGCGACAAGUUUUUGCCUCUUCACUCGAUUGUGAUAUAAAUAUUAGCUUGUCUGGUGACAAUAUAUCAGUGAUUACAACAUCAUAUCUUUGAUAAAACCUGGCAUGCUGGAAUUAAAGCUAAAGUUAUAAAAAUCUUGAAUUUUGAACGGGUGUUGUGAGUUUGUUUUUGCUUAGCACGUAAGAAUGGCUAAUGAAACAGAAGUGCCGAGGCAUAAUAUCGAAGAAGUGGAGUAUACGGAAGCUGAAGUUGAUGCAGAGGAUGCCGACGAGGAAGGUUCGGAUGGUGUUGUGGUGCCGGAAUUACAAGGAAAUCUCUCAAAGUGGACGAAUUAUAUUCACGGAUGGCAGAGCAGAUUUAUAGUUCUGAAGAAUGGAACUCUAUCUUAUUAUAAAUCGGAGCAAGACAGCGGAUUUGGAUGCAGGGGGUCCAUAAGUCUUUACAAGGCGGAUAUUAAGGGUCACGAAUUUGACGAAUGCCGGUUUGACGUAUCUGUGAAUGAUUGCUUGGUAUGGUAUUUACGAGCAGAAACUCCAGAAGAAAAACAGCGUUGGGUGGACGUCUUAAAAUCUUACAAGGCAGAGUCGGGAUACGGCAGUGAGAAUAGUUUGAAACGUCACGGAAGUGCAAUUUCACUGAUAUCGAAUACACAGUCGACGACAAGUGCGGGAAGUUUCAGCAAGCGGGGAGUCAGGAGCUUAAAAGAGAAGCUCGCCGAGAUCGAGACCUUCAAAGACAUUCUGAUUCAGCAGAUUGAUACGCUUCAGAAGUACUUUGAUAAUUGUGCUGAGACCUCGAAAAAUGUAAAGAGCAAGAGCCUCUUCCCCGAGGACAAAGUUGAUGGGGCAUUUGAUCCUGCGGAACAGUCGGUAGAUUUUAAGGGAGAAGCGAUCACUUUCAAAGCAACGAGUGAAGGAGUUCUUGCGACUUUGCAGCACUGUCUGGAAUUAAUGGGACAAAGGGAGGAUGCCUGGCGUCGACGGUGGGAAAAAGAAGUCGAGAAAAGACGCAGGUUACAGGAUUUGUACAAAAAUUUGAAGGACCAAAUCACAUUACACAGUGGUGAAUCUCUCAGGCCGCGGGUUCUUAUUCACGGAGGCCCAGAUUAUGAGGAGGGUCCACACAGUGCGCUUUGUGAUGAAGAAUUCUACGAUGCAGUGGAAACAGGAUUGGAUAGAAUCGAGGAAGAAAAUUUGUUGAAGGAUCGACUGAAGCAAAAGUCGGUUGUACGUCCAAUGACUCCUACAACUCCUGCGGCUAGGCACAGGCUUUGGCCUGAGAUAGAGAAGGUGACUAUGGAGCAGUUGCAUUAUGCCAGGCUUGGAAUGGGAGCCGGAAGUUGGAUGUUGUUCGCUGAGGAUGGUGACAUGCGAAUGUACAGGCGGGAAGAAGAAGUCGACGGUUUAGUUGUAGAUCCUUUGAAAGCUUGCCACAUGGUGAAAGGAGUCACUGGCUACGAAGUGUGCAAAGUUUUCUUCGGCCCUGAGUACAGAAGUGGAUGGGAAGCCACUCUAGAAGACAUGACUAUUGUCGAAAACAUCUCAAAGGACACCCUAGUUUUUCUACAAACACACAAGCGAAUCUGGCCCGCAAGCCAAAGAGAUGCUUUGUUUUGGUCGCACAUGCGUAAAGUACCUGACGAUCAAGACCCGGACAAUCACGAUGUCUGGAUCGUCUGCAAUCACAGUACAGAGUAUGACGAAUAUCCGGCAAAUGUUGGUAAAUGUGUUAGAAUUUAUUUGACUGUUUGUCUUAUGUGUCAAACAAUUGUUGACCCGCCAAAGGACAGAGAAAUCACGAGAGACGACAUCACAUGUAAAAUAACUUAUUGCUCUGUUGUUAACCCCGGUGGAUGGGCUCCAUCGUCCGUUUUACGUGCCCUCUACAAAAGGGAAUAUCCGAAGUUUCUGAAACGCUUUACCCACUACUGCAAAGAGCAGUGCAAAGACAAGCCAAUUACAUUCUAAAUUGUUUUAAUAUUUUUUUUUUUUAUAUUAUUCUCGCGAAUUGUGAUGAUGCAAGCAGUGUAUUUAUUGAUGAAACAACACGAAAUUGAUUUUGAGAGACGCGGACGAGUUUUGCUAAGCCCUAUUAAGAAAUUCUUUUGAAAACUAUUUCCGAAUUUUUUUUUUUUUUAUUUUUCUCGAUUACUUUUUAUCUGACCUCUUCUGAAUACAAGGUGGCCGUUUUAAUAAUAAAAAUUUAAAGUGGAACUUUUGUCAUUUUAAAAGUUUUCGUAAUUCAAAAAUGU